UUCAAAAAUGGCACAAAUCAUGAAAACUGUGGCCGGUCGUGCCCAACAAAUGUUGCAGGUUGCCGCUAAGCAACAACAAUUUGUUCCACGUUUCUACAGUGCUGCCGCCACCAACUUCGAAUUCAUCAAAACCGAAUUGGCUGGCGAAAAGAAAAAUGUUGCCGUCAUCACCUUGAACCGCCCCAAGGCCUUGAAUGCCUUGUGCAAUGGCCUGAUGAAGGAAUUGAGCGCCAGCUUGGAUCAAUACGAACAGGAUAAGAACAUUGCCGCCAUUGUUAUUACCGGCAGCGAAAAAGCUUUCGCCGCUGGUGCCGACAUCAAGGAAAUGCAACCCAACACCUACUCCCACUGCAUUAUGGGUAACUUCUUGAAUGAUUGGACCCGUGUUGCCAAGUGCCAAAAGCCCAUUAUUGCUGCCGUCAACGGUUACGCCUUGGGUGGUGGCUGUGAAUUGGCCAUGAUGUGCGACAUCAUCUAUGCCGGUGAUAAGGCCAAAUUCGGUCAACCUGAAAUUGCUUUGGGCACCAUCCCCGGUGCUGGUGGCACCCAACGUUUGACCCGUGUCGUUGGCAAAUCUAAGGCUAUGGAAAUGUGCUUGACCGGUAACAUGAUCAGCGCUGCUGAAGCUGAAAAGACCGGUUUGGUUAGCAAGGUUGUGCCCGCCGAUCAAUUGGUUGCCGAAGCUGUUAAAUUGGGUGAAAAGAUCGGUACCCAUUCGCAAUUGAUUGUCCAAUUGUGCAAGGAGGCUGUCAACACUGCCUACGAGACCACUUUGCAAGAGGGUUUGAAAUACGAGAGAAGAACUUUCCACGCCACUUUCUCGACUGAGGAUCGCAAGGAAGGUAUGACCGCUUUCGUUGAAAAGCGUCCAGCCAAAUUCAACAACAACUAAAUUAACAUCGUCACCAUCACA